AUGGCCCACAAGUACAUAUACCAUGACAAGUACGAGGUGACCGAGCAAAAUGUGGCCUACCUGGCUGCGCUCGUCUCAGUAUCCGAAGAAGUUCGCAGCCGUUGCCACCUCAAGUAUAGGGUUCCUGGCACUUUGGCACCUAGUGAGCAAUCCUCCGCAUCCAUCUCCACGCAUGCACACGUGCACCACACAUACCAAUACAUAAAUCCUCAUUUGAACCAUCAUGCGCAAAUGCAAACUCAUUUGCAGGCCCAUCCGAACCUCCAUAGACAUCAAGCAGACCAUCAGCAUCAUCCACAACAUUGUUUCGGCAUCAACCAGUACCAUCACCAACCCGGAGGUCACCAUUACUCGUUGGUGCCGUCCCAAUCACUAACGUCUGGUCCAGGUCGAUUGAGCGGUCCGACAUUGAGUGGAUGCGGUUGCCCCGUUGCGGGGUUUUGUACUGAAUGGAUGAGCUCUAGUGAGAGCCUUCAAGAGGUUGGAUUAUCGCAGACUUCAGGUCGUAGCCUUACCGGAGAUAGAAACAGCAAAUCGCCAGGUUGGUCUGGCGCCAGCCAAGCUUCGGUUUCAGAGACUACUGGAUUGGUGACUUCAGCCGGAGCUGUCCGUGUAAAUUGGGCCUUAGCAGGUCAGUCGCUGCCGCCUAUUACUCUGGCUUCGUAUAAACCCGGCGGACCCUCUUCUGCUACUACCAUAGACAGCACGCAGGUCUUGGAGGGUUCAUGGACAUGA